AUUCAAUUAGUGAUAUAUAUGAAAAUUUAAUGAUAACAAAUUCAAUUAGUUCGCAGAGUACAGUUCACAGUUUUCUGGAUGGUCUUCGAAUUUCUUCUUUUAUAACUUCCCAGAGGAAUUAGAGGCAAAACUCUAUGGAACAGCUUUCAUAUGUAUGGUAAAGUCGUUGAUGUGUAUAUUCCGAGGAAAUGGGAUAAGAGAGGGAAGAGGUAUGGUUUUGUGCGACUAACAGGGGUCAAGAACGAGAUUCAAAUGGAGAGGAGGCUGAAUGAGAUUUGGAUAGGUUCGUAUAAGAUGAGAGUGAAGCUUGCAAAUAACAGACAAAGGAAACCUUCAUCAUAUAGGAAGGUACAAGGUGCUCCUAAAGUCAGUAGAUCAACAAGCAUCAUGAAUAGGCUGGUUCAACCAGGACAGACAUAUGCUCAGGCAGUGAAGGGCCAAGGAAAGAGAGAGGAUAAGGCUCCAGAUCAAUCACAGGAAAAGGAAACAAAAGAAACCCCGAAAAUGGAAGUUGUCAAAACAAGAGAUCAAGAGAAUAAGGAAGCAGAAAAAACAGAGAAGAUUGUUGAAUACAUUCCAUGGGGUGAUGAGCUGAAAUGGCUUGAGGGUGGCAUGGUGGCAGUGGCGAGGUCAAUGGCGUUGAUAUCUGAGAUUCAAGAGCAAAUAGAUGCAGAUGGAGGCUUAAUCUCGUUAUCACCAAUCGGGGGAAGGCGGGUACUAUUAACUGAGAAAGUUACAGGAUUCAUAGCUGAUUAUAUGAAGCAUAAUGAGGAGCUAUUUGGCAUGUGGUUUGAGUCUGUAACACCAUGGGAGAAGGCACCAGAGGAGAAAAGUCAAUUGAAGUGGGUGCGUAUAUCGGGUGUGCCAUUAAAAGCAUGGGGAGAGAGGUGUUUUCAGAUGAUCGGUGAGACAAUCGGAGAAGUUUUGUUGGUGCACGAGGACACAAAGAAGAAAGCAAUACUAUGGGAUGGAAGAGUCUUGAUCCUUUGUUUGGAGUUGAGUAAAAUCUCUAAUCAAGUUAAGCUGAAGGUGGGUGAGCAGGUGUAUGAAAUAGAAAUAGUUGAAGAGAAGUGGCGCUCUGAUCCGGAUUGGUGGUUAUCGGAGAAUGGCCGGAGAAGCGACCUAGAAACGAAGUCCGAUUAUUCAAACUCGUGGUGUCAGAACGAGGAUCCGAAAAUGGAUAUGGAUGUGAUUGGCGACGUUGAGGAUGCAAGAAACGAUUCAGAGCAUUUAAUGAAGGAUUUGAUGUCAAAUUCAAAUUUGAAGAUUGUAACGGAAACAGAGAGUGGUAUUCAAAUGGUGCAAGAAAUAGAUUUAGAAGGAGAUGUAAGCUUUAGGCUGCCCAAGGAGAUUGGGCCACAAAGAGUGAGUUUUGAUGGGCCAAUAGAAGACAGUGGGCCGAUCAUCAAGAUGGGCGGGGGACAAUCAAAGGAAAUGAACUUGGAGGAACCCGGUUUAGAUGCACAAAUAGUGGCAAAAGGAGCACCGUGGGUAACACCCAGAACAAAGCAGCGUCUGGCACGGAGAGAGGGAACCAGCCAAGCCGGGGAUGACAAGGUACACGAUGCUAUGGCUGUCUCUAUUUCAGAUGGAUGUAUUGAAAAUAGAAAUAGGGUGUUGCAGAGGGAGAUGAAUAUGCAUGAGGUGCGUCGGAUGAUGGGGGUAGGGAAGAGAUUGGGUCUUAAUUUCGAGAAUAAUGAGGAGGAGAUUCAAUCAAAGAUGCUGGAGGCAGUAGAUCGAGAAGGGGCAGAGAGGAGGGACGCGAAAGGGAGGGGCUUGGGUGGGACGCUGAAAAAGAAGGAAGUGAGAAGGCUGGUUCAAGAAGAGAAGCCUGAUUUUCUAUUCCUGCAGGAAACAAAGUUAGAAAAAGUGGAUGAAGGUAUCUGUAAACAGCUGUGGAAUUCAGAUGAGGUUGAUUGGGUUGCGAAGGGCUCUUCCGGAGCUUCAGGGGGUUUACUUUGUAUGUGGGAUAGACGGCAAUUUGUUAAGAGGGAAGAUUUUUCUAGUGACGGGUUCGUCGGAUUGGCAGGGGAAUGGGGAGCAAAUAAAAGGCAAUAUUUGUUAAUUAACGUCUAUGGUCCAAAUGAUAGACAAAAGAAGGCUAGUUUGUGGGAGGAAUUGAGGAAAAUGGUGACAGAAAAGGAAGGGUGUUGGUUGAUAGCAGGGGACUUUAAUGCAGUCAGAGGGCUUGAGGAGAGACGAGGUAGAUCAGGAGAGAGCCCAGACAUGAAGGACUUCGAUGAGUUUAUUGUGACAACUGAUUUGGUGGAUGUUAAAUUGUCGAAUAGAAAGUACACAUGGUACAAACCAGAUGGCACAGCAAGGAGUAGAUUGGACAGAUUCCUAUUGAGUACGGAGAUGAGUAAUACGGAAGGAGAGUGGAUACAACAAGGACUGCCAAGGAAUAUAUCUGAUCACUGUGCUAUUGUGUUGAAGUCCAAAACAACAGAUUGGGGACCAAAACCCUUUCGGGUUUUGGAUGCAUGGCAACAACACCCCGAUUUUAAGAAGUUCGUAGAAGAUAAAUGGAGUGAGAUGGAGGUGGAUGGUUUUGCAGGGUAUAAGUGCCAGCAAAAGCUGAAAUUGCUAAAAGGUCUUUUAAAGGGCUGGAACAAGGAAGUCUUUGGGAACAUGGAAGCUCAAUAUAAGCAAGCUGUAAAAAAGAUUGAGCAAGUUGAUAUGCAGAACGAGAUAUCUGAUCUGGAAGAGGCUGAGAUUGUGAAAAGGCAAGAAGGUUUUUCUGAGAUGUGGGAUGUUUUGAGAAAAAAAGAACUGAUAUGGAAGUAGAAAUCAAGGAGUAAAUGGGUGCAUGAGGGAGAUGCAAAUACUCGUUUUUUCCAUAGAGUCGCAAAAGGUAGAAGAGCACAAAACAACAUUGCGGGAUUAAUGUGUGAUGGAGCAUGGAUUGAUGAGCCAGAUUUAGUAAAAAAUGAGAUAGUCA